CACACACACACAAAAAAAUGGCAAUAGAUACUUCAGCCAAGAUCUACGUCGCCGGCCACCGUGGACUGGUCGGUUCUGCCGUAGUCCGUAAACUCAACCAAUUAGGUUUCAACAACCUCUUACUCCGUUCACAUUCCGAUCUCGAUCUCACUAACCAAUCAGAUGUCGACACGUUCUUCUCCACCAAUCAACCUGAUUACGUCAUCCUCGCCGCCGCAAAAGUCGGCGGUAUUCACGCAAACAAAACAUACCCAGCUGAUUUCAUAACCUUAAAUCUUCAAAUCCAAACAAACGUCAUCGUUUCAUCAUUUAAAUACAAAGUUAAAAAGCUUUUGUUUUUAGGUUCUUCUUGUAUUUACCCUAAAUUUGCCCCACAACCAAUUCCCGAAAAUGCCCUUUUAACUGCACCAUUAGAAGAAACUAAUGAAUGGUAUGCUAUUGCAAAAAUAGCCGGUAUUAAAAUGUGUCAAGGUUAUAGGAUUCAACAUGAUUUUGAUGCUAUUUCUGCAAUGCCAACAAAUUUGUAUGGUACAAAUGAUAAUUUCCAUCCUGAAAAUUCACAUGUUUUACCUGCUUUAUUACGUAGAUUUCAUGAAGCUAAGAUUAACAAUGUUGAUCAAGUUGUUGUUUGGGGUAGUGGUUCACCAUUAAGGGAGUUUUUACAUGUUGAUGAUUUAGCCGACGCGGUUAUAUUUUUGUUGGAGAAUUAUAGUGAUGUGGAACAUGUUAAUGUGGGGAGUGGAAAUGAAGUUAGUAUUAAGGAAUUAGCUGAAUUGGUUAAGGAUGUUGUGGGGUUUAAAGGGGAGUUAAUUUGGGAUUCGACUAAGCCAGAUGGUACACCAAGAAAGCUUUUGGAUAAUUCUAAGAUAGCUGCAUUGGGUUGGAAACCGAAGAUUUCGCUUCGAGAUGGUCUUGUUGAUACUUACACAUGGUAUGUGGAGAAUUAUGGGAAGCAGUAGUUCAGGUGUGUUGUUAUUUUUGCGAGAUAUGAGAUUGUUAUUCUUGUUUGUCGAAUGAGUUUAAUAAGCUUAUAGGGAGCUUAGUUGAAUUCUUGAUUAUCUGUUGUACUGAUUUGAGUACUAUGUUUAUGUUAAUUAUAUUUCCAAAGAUCCAACUUUUAUUCAAUUGUUUCCAAUAUUGCAGUAUUAGUUUGUAUUGAAUAUCACUCUCGGUUAGUUUUAAGCCUCAAAAUAUGAAAAUCAUAAUCAAAAUCUCCAAAAACAACCUUGACAAGGUUGUUGUGUGGGGGACUGGUUCACCAUUGAGGGAGUCUUUACAUGUUGAUGAUUUAGCUGACGCAGUUAUAUUUUUGUUGGAAAAUUAUAUUGAUUUGGAACAUGUUAAUGUUGGGAGUGGAAAUGAAGUUAGUAUUAAAGAAUUAGCUGAAUUGGUUAAAGAAGUUGUGGGGUUUAAAGGGGAGUUAAUUUGGGAUUCGACUAAUCCAGAUGGUACACCAAGAAAACUUAUGGAUAAUUCCAAGAUUGCUGCAUUGGGUUGGAAACCGAAGAUUUCGCUUCGAGAUGGUCUUGUUGAUACUUACAAAUGGUAUUUGGAGAAUUAUGGCAAGCAGUAGUUCAGGUGUGUUGUUAUUUUUGCGAGAUAUGAGAUUGUUGUUGUUCUUGUUUGUCGGAUUAUAAUAAGCUUAAUUGAGUUAUUGAUUAUCUGUUAUACUGAUUUGGGAUACUAUGUUUAUGUUAAUUAUUUUUCCAAAGAUUCAAUUUUUAUUCA